UAUGAAAAGAAGCAUUGCUUCUGUUAAGGAUUUAGCUGAUUAUUUCAAUGUGGCAAUUUAGCACAGAGCAAACAGUACAAUUGAGGCUGGAUAGUAUGUUGCAAGAAAAGUAGUGAUCUUAUAACUAAUUAGAUAAGGUUUCAAUAGUUUCCUUAUUUAUGCAAACUACAAAAGGGAGAGAUAAGAUUUGUUGUUUGAUUUAGUAUUUAGCAGAUUUAUACGAAGCUUGUAUUAAAUUUUCGAAUAUUCCUGAAAUUCAAGCAGCAUCAUCUGAUAUGUUUUCUAAAAAAAUAGCAUCUCGUAUUCGAGAGUCAAUGAAAAACGGAAGAAAGAUAUUUAAGUUUCUAAAGUUUUUUGAUUCAAUCAGAUGCUUAAGCAACAUUCAUUCUAAAAAUAAACCAAAGUAUUAUAAAAUCACCACCUCUAUUAUGCAUAUAUGUAAUUUCUUCUAUUAUAUAAUGGAUCACAUCAUUUGGGGUAUUAAUAUUGGUGUUCUAAAGUAAGAAAUGUAGUUAACUAUAUAGUGAAAUCGUAUCUUUGAAAGCAAAAUCAACCAUAAAAGGAUAUAAGGACUCUUUUUCACUAGCAAAGGCUCUGCUAAAAUUACUAAAAUCAUUCUUUGAUUAUAAGAUCAUUUAUGAUAAGGAAAUGGAGUUAGUCAAUGAGAUAUAGGAGAUACCAGAUAAAUUGAUUUAAGAAGAUACAAUCGCAGUAUAAUGUGCUAACAGUUUAAUUAAUAGUAGAUAGAAAAGAAGAAUAAAACAGCUUAAUUUUAUAGUAACAUCGCUUAGAAUUGUAAUGUUAUUAAGAAGAUUAAAAUUGUUUGGAUUAAAUAAAAAAAUUAGCAAAAUAUUUUACUCAUGCAGUGGUUUAACUAUAACAUUGAUAAACAUCAUGGUUUAAUUAAUAAAUAAUAAUGAAUUGAUAACUUAGAAACUGGAGAAGAAUGAAAAAGAAAAAGAGAAAAAGAUUGCAAGAGUAAAUUCCUUCAUUCCUUAGAAUCAUUAAUUAAAGAAAGUUAAGUCAGAACUUGAGAGAGUCCUAGGAGAAGACUCAGAGAAUGAAGGAGAUUGA